GGAGGUUUUCCCCCCUCAAGUUGUUUUUUGCAGAGAGGAGCUUUGCAGACAAUCACUGGGGCACCUCUAAUGUUUUCUUUCUUCUUAUUUUAAACCCAGCGUCUUUUAAACCCAGAUAUUUUUUCUCUAACAGUUUUUCUAUUUAAAACCCCAGCUUACUUUAAUAAUGACACUUCUUUUCAGAAGAAACUGCUUUUAUCGCAAAUUUUCACUCCACUCGCAUACCAUCGUGUUUUUGUCAUCCACGGUGAAUUUAGCCCAGGUCUGACCCACUUUUAGCGUCUUUGGCUUCACAGCAUCUUCUGUUUGUGCGGUGGAGAUGUUUUCGACAGGAGAGGAGGUCGAUUCCCAUUUGUUUACCUCACUAAAGGAGUCAUACGGAGAUGCAAUCUCCCCAACACUGGAACUCAGUUUAACUACCAUCUACACCGUCCUCUAUUCUUUCCUCUUUGUUUUCGUUUACCUGCAGCUUUGGCUAAUUUUGCACUACGGCCACAAGCGCUUCAGCUUCCAGAGCGUGUUUUUGUUCCUGUGUUUGCUGUGGGCAGCGCUGCGAACGACCCUUUUCUCUUUCUACUUUAAAAAUGUGGUGCAGGCCAACCAGCUGCAGCCUCUGGCCUACUGGCUGCUCUACUGCUGCCCCGUCUGCCUGCAGUUCUUCACCCUCUGCUUGCUCAACCUCUACUUCACACAGGUAAUGUUUAAGGCCAAAGCCAAGUAUUCACCAGAGCUCACCAAAUACAAGGUUCCUCUGCGUUUGUUCUUCUUAUGUCUCAGUAUCUUUUUCCUGGUGGUGAAUUUAACUUGUGCAUUAUUGGUGCAAGGAGCUCUGGAGCACUCUGCACUGCCAAGUGAUGGAGAGAUCAGACAUGCAGUCUUGGCCCGGGUCCUGAUCAACGACAGUCUUUUUGUUUUGUGUGCCAUAUCUCUGGCCGUAUGCAUCUUCAAGAUCGCCAAGAUGUCAUCUGCCAAUGUUUACCUCGAGUCCAAGGGUACAUCAGUGUGCCAAGCAACAGUCAUAGGAGCAGUGGUGAUCCUCCUCUACACAUCCAGAGCCUGUUACAACCUUGUGGUGGUGGCCUUGUCCCCACAGGACAGACCCAGUCCCUUUAAUUAUGGAUGGUACAGCGUCUCUGAUCAGGCUGAUGUAGAGAAGAUCAGUGGCGAGGCUUACAUCAUUUUUGGGAUCAUUCUGUUCUUCUGGGAGCUGCUACCUACCAGCUUAGUCGUGGUGUUUUUCAGAGUCCAGAGACCCCACCAAAAUCUGGCUCCCAGGGGAAUGAUAAACAGCCACAGUUUCAGCUCCAGAGCUUAUUUCUUUGAUAAUCCCAGAAGGUAUGAUAGUGAUGAUGACCUUUCCAGAAGUAUAAAUAGUAGGAGUGAUCGAGCCAGUCUCCUCUCCACCACACCCCAGCUGGCACCUUCUAGUUGGUAUGGCUCCAUCCAGCGUAAUGGGAGUUUAGCAGCAGGCGUAGCCUCUGCCCAGCUGCCACCACCUUCCACGGCUCCCCUCCUCUUCGCCUAUGGAAAUAUCCAGAAUCACCAUCAUCACCAUCACAACUACUACUCCACCCCACAAAACAACAAUUACCAACAUCAUCAUCACAAUAACUUCUAUUCCACUCCACAGAAUUAUUACUGUGGAUCACAGAUGUAUUUCUGCACCCCACAGAAUUAAGCAGGGUUCAUGGUAACAUCUGGGCAAAAUUCAUUCUAAAUAAUUCUGUUUUUUUUUUGUUUUUUUUGUCUCUUAUGUUUUUACAGCAACAUCAGAACUGGCUAUUUUAAUAGUCUAAUGUAGAUCAUUUGGAUUACCAGUUAUGCAGAAGAGAGAAGUGGGAGUCUCAGCACUAACGGCCGUUGUGCCUGCAAACUUUAAAACUUUAAAACUUUAAAACACUGUGGUUGCAUUAUUAUAUGUGAGACUGGAAAAAUCAAUGACCAGAUAAUUAUUAUUUCACUUAAAAAGUUAAUAUUUUUUCACUUACUGGAACCCUGUAGGAGUUGUCGACUGUAGCUAGCUAAAAUGGGUUAUCAUGAAGCUGUCAGUCAGAAGUGCAGGUUUAGAGACAUUACAUUCAUACAGCAUUGCUGAAUUGAUUGAGUUAUGUGACCAUUGUAAUGGAAUAUAA